AUGGAGUUGUGUCAUGUCCCUAUCGAUGCUACGUCGCUCAAUCUCGCGCUUAAGGCAGCUGUACUGGCGAACAAUAUACCGCGCAUGCACGCCAUUCUGGCCCGUUUCGGUGCCCUUCCUGGCUCUUCGUCGGCGGCAGAAAUUAGCAGUCUGUUUGCAAAGAGCAGUGUGUCUCGAUGGACUGUAUCCACAUAUACCCACCUCCUGCACUAUUGUGCUCGUACUUCCAACAUGGAAUUCAUGCUUUUAACGCUGUUCACGGCACACGCAUACCAGGUGAAGCUAGAAGAGGAUGCGUGGCUGCAUGUCAUUGACUGUGCUUUCGAAGCACGCGAGCCGCAAAUUGCAUGGGAGGCUGUGCAAAGAGCCGACGCCAUCCACCCUGUAUCGCCCACGGUAUGGAUGCAUGUCUUGCGUGCGUGCGCUGUGCACGACUAUCCUGUGGGCCUUCCUCUCGCAUGGGAACGCAGUGUUGUGCAAGGGGGUCUUGUGCCGGACGACGGACUCCUUAUGCAUGCACUAAUAUCAGCCUCACGAGCUGGGCUGAGUACAUUGGCCACGCAGAUCCUGGAAAAAGUCCCAUCGCCCAGCGAUACAUUCCUGGUACCUGCGCUAGAUGCACAUUGCGAGGCAGGUAACUUUGAUGCCGCCGUUGUGGUGCUGGCCUAUAUGCAUUCCCAUUCGAUGCCACUGCAACCAACUCUCCUAGCGCAUUUGACGUCGACGGCGGCGGCCGACGACCUAUCACUACAACAAGCAGCUGAGGCGUUGUUGGCUUCGACAGCGCCUCUUUCUCUCGCUGUAUGGAAUGCCGUGCUCUAUGCAGCUGCUGAGCGAAGUGCAAUUACACUAACUGAGCGUAUCGUGAACGCUAUGCGUGUGACCAACGCUGAAACUUACCAGGUGUGGCUUCUCGCGUGUUUACAUGCCAAGGAUCUCGCUGCAGGGCAGCGUGCGUGGGCGUCUUUGCGGGCAAGCAAGGUACAGCCCACGGCCACUUGUUAUGAACGUAUGGCACGAUUCCUCAGUAUGACGAAGCGUUUGCACUAUUAG